AUUUUUUCCAUGUGUCCCUGAGGGUCAGAAAUUUGCCAGAUGCAGGGGAAGGAGGCUAAAAUAAGCAUCCCUGGUGGAAAACUUCACUUGCCCCAGAAUUCAUAUGCUAUUUUCUUAAUGCCCGGUGUUGGGGUUCCCUGCCAGAGUGGGUUUGACUAAUCUUUGCCUGUGACUCAGAACCGACACGUGUUGGGAAUCUCUUUUUUUUUUCUUCUUCUUCUUUUUUUUUUUUUUAAUUUCCUUUUGAAAAAUGAAGUGAAAGUUUAUCAACCUGUACAGUGAAAUGAGACCUCUGCCAGCCAAAUGAGGAAGUAAAACCUUCCUAUAGAACGAGCUCCAACCUGCUCACUGCACUUGUUUGCUCGCAGUUGACAUCAGCCUUGCCAUAAAGCCUUUAAAUACGGACCGAUGACUUCCUUGUGAGCCUGGUACUGCCCUGAAUCCAGCUUCUGGCUCGUGGAUGGUGGGACAGGACCGGCGGGAGGCAGAAAUCGCAGCUGCCAGCUGAUGCCUGUUGGACGAGGCUGGGAAGACAGGAGCACUGGGUUUAAAGGAACGUAAAUGCCUGCUAGGAUGGCACUGGCCAGUUCACUUUCUAGCAAGCCAGUGCCACCACGCUCCAGAAAAGUUUCUACGACAGGGGUGGAAGCGCAUCAGAGCAAGCUGGAUUUUUUCUGCAAGCUGGGCUAUGGUAAGCAGGACAUCUGCAAAGUGCUGGAGAACCUGGGCCAAGAGGCCCUGGAGGAUGAUGUGCUGAAAGAGCUGAUUCGGAUGGGGAGCAAACCUCAAGCCCUGCAGAACCAGGCUCAACCUUCCCCGCUAAAACUUGUUGCCCGCGGAUCGUGUAGCACUUCACCGGGGUCGAAGUGGCUUGGAGAAGAUGACAGUGACUCUUCCGAUCACUUGAGACCCAUUGUGAUCGAUGGCAGCAAUGUGGCAAUGAGUCAUGGAAACAAAGAGGUAUUCUCCUGCUGGGGGAUCCAGCUGGCAGUGGAUUGGUUUCGUGAAAGGGGGCACACGUACAUCAAGGUUUUUGUCCCACUCUGGAGAAAGGAGCCCCCUCGACAAGACAGUCCAAUUGCAGAUCAGCACAUUCUUGAAGAGCUUGAAAAGCAAUCGAUCCUUGUGUACACCCCAUCCCGGAAGGUGAAAGGCAAGAGGGUGGUUUGCUACGAUGAUCGCUAUAUAGUGAAAGUUGCUUAUGAGAAAGACGGAGUCAUUGUUUCCAAUGACCAUUACCGGGAUCUCCAGAAUGAAAACCCCGAGUGGAAAUGGUUUAUUGAGCAGCGACUACUCAUGUACUCUUUUGUCAGCAACAGGUUUAUGCCUCCCGACGAUCCGUUAGGCCGGCAUGGACCCACUCUGAGUAACUUCCUCAGCAAAAAGCCAGUGCUUCCGGAACCAAAAUGGCAGCCUUGUCCCUAUGGUAAAAAAUGCACCUAUGGCAAUAAAUGCAAAUUUUACCACCCAGAGAGACCACAGCAAGCUCAGCUCUCAGUUGCCGAUGAGCUCAGGGCUAAAAUAGGGGUCCCAUUAAGCCUGGGGAAAGAGGAGGAGAAGCGUAACUGCCCGCCGUACAGGACGGGAGGAGAUCCCACACCGCCUGACGCCUGCACAGAGACGCUGCCAGAAGCCAGCGGCUGCGCAGGGGCUUCCUGCUACCCAGGGUGGUCACAGGGAAGCUGUCCUGGGCAGCCCCCUGGCACCUGGGCUGGUGGCCCUGGCUCUGACCUGGGGCUGGACCAGCGGUUGCUACAGACAGAGCUGCCACGAGACCAGGUGCUCCUGGAGAAGAUGUCAGGGCUAUCCAUCGGUGACGGCACCUACAGCUACAACCGGUUCAUACAUACCUCUCAGGACAGAGAGGUGACGGACAGCCCUCAUCGCUGCGGUGACCUCAGGCACAACCCGUACCCACUUCAUCAACCCCACAGCUUGGACCACUCCUGCCCACUGGGAGGCUCUUUCCAGCAAAGGGUGCUCCCGCCUGCGCGGGGCGGGAUGUGCCCAGACCUCAGCUGGCCCCAGGAGUCCCACAGCAUGCCUGGCAUGGGACAGAGGAGCCACUGCGUCCCUGGUGGUGCUCAGCACAAACAGGCCCUGGAGACUCAGCACCGUGUUUUGCCACCGUCCGUGGCUCUUCACCCUCACCCUGACCCACUUCACUUGUACAGCGAGCAACGGCCGCAGCAGCAGCACUGCUUCCCCAGCCGGCCCCCAGGGCAGCCCUUUCUGUUAGACUCCAGCAACGGGCUGGGCUUCUUCCAGAAAGCCCUUGCUUACCCUGAUGCCUCCUACAGUGACUACUGGCCCACCCCAGCUGCGAGGCCACCCUCUGCCCAGCAAGCAAAUGUACACAGGGAGCUGUGCUCCCUCUUCCCUUACGGCGAGGUGAACCGCAUCAUGGCUUUGUACCCCGAUAUCAAGGAUGUUGCUAGCUUGACUUUACUGAUUCAGAGACACAGAAACUUGUGAAGCCUCCAGACCAACCCUUUCCCAACAAGCACUCCUCCUGGGGCAAAACAGAUGCUACUCUGGGGCUUAACUAAGUGUUAUUAAAGGGCUUUAUGGCAAGGAUUAUAGCUGUUCCAGGAGCACAAGUCUAAGCAUCAACCAGCUAUGUCACAUUGGGGCAUUAAGUCAAGGCAAACGCUGCCGUUCACUGCGGUGGGGUCUCAUUCACCUCCCAUGGAAGUGGGGGGGGGGGCUCAGGGUAACUGGGCUGUCAGCAUUUGAGCCACACUGGUGACUGGUUUCAGCAUGGCAUAGAUCUUAGAUCUUCAUUAACGCCUUGAGACACUAGACAUGUUUUUAUAGUCCUAACAUAUUGUUCAGCUAGCCUAAAAGAACCAUACUCCACAGUCCCCAGUGAAGGGUUCUCCACAGACCCCCCCCACCAUGACUACUUGCUCAGCUAACAUAAAAAGUAAUUUGGCCUAUUUCCCCUAACACACGUCUUAGGGUCCAUAUUAUUGCCUGAUACAGGCCCAGCCUUUUAUCAAUGAGCUUUCAAAGAUACAUCUUGUGUUUGUAAACCGAUGCUGUGAACACAGAAGCACUAGCAGAGGUGGUGGAGGUAUCCCAGAGCAGCUGAAGUUAGCCUCAGGUACAUUUCUCACACACAACGGGAUCACGCACAAUGCAAGUCAAAUCAGGGAAGUCAUCUUCAGUGUAAGUCCUGAUGAGGAUUGAGGGCUCAGGGUGGUUAAUUCCAAAAAGAAGAAACCCAGAUGAGGCCAAGAGAGAAAAAGGAAAAAAAAAAAAAAAAAAGCUUUAAAGCAUCUCUGUUGUAUCAAACAAGAAAACUAUUGUUGACUUAACCCUUAACAACAAAAUGUGCUCCCAUAAUGCAAUUAUAGAGCUGAUUUACGAUUACAAACAUUUAAACUGUGUUCUGUUGGGACAUGUUUGAUUUUCAGUAAGCUGUAAAGCUGCUAAUCUCUGCAUUAGUCCACUGAAUUCCUCAGGUUGUAACUCAAAUAUUAAGGUUGAUCUUGAAGGUUUUUGGCAUUAUACCAAAGUCUAAGUAUGUCAGUAUGACAUGUUUUAAAAAUGUUUUAACACAUUAUA